AUGAAGGCCGUCCUUGCUCUCCUUGCCCUCGUCGCCCUCACCUACGCUCAACGCCCCACCGGAACCGGUGUCCCGCCGACCUACAGCCCCUGCCAGGUCUGCCACUACAUCGUUUCCCAGGCUGAGCACCACCUCCGCCGUGGACGCGUUGACCAGGGCGAGCUCCAGAUCGCCCUUCUCCAGGAGUGCGAGACCCUCCGCCGCUUCCAAGGACAGGGUGCCGUCGACUCUUGCGUUUCCCUCGUUGACAACAACAUUGCCACUCUCGUCACCGACGUCAACGCCAACAAGUCCGUCGACGACAUCUGCAAGGACAUCAAGCAGUGC